AUGAAGGACCAACACGUGACUAACAUUAAGGAAACACACGUGACUAACAUGAAGGCCCCACACGUGACUAACAUGAAAGACACACACGUGACUAACAUGAAGGCCUCACACGUGACUAACAUGAAAACCCCACACGUGACUAACAUGAAGGACCAACACGUGACUAACAUUAAGGAAACACACGUGACUAACAUGAAGGCCCCACACGUGACUGACAUGAAGGCCUCACACGUGACUAACAUGAAGGAUCCACACAUGACUAACAUGAAGGCCCCACACGUGACUAACAUGAAGACCCCACACGUGACUAACAUGAAGGCCCCACAUGUGACUAACAUGAAAGACACACACGUGACUAACAUGAAGGCCUCACACGUGACUAACAUGAAGGCCCCACACAUGACUUACAUGAAGGCCCCACAUGUGACUAACAUGAAGGCCCCACACGUGAAUAACAUGAAAGACACACACGUGAAUAACAUGAAGGCCCCACACGUGACUAACAUGAAGGCCCCACACGUGACUAACAUGAAGGCCCCACAUGUGACUAACAUGAAAGACACACACGUGACUAACAUGAAGGCCCCACACGUGACUAACAUGAAGGCCCAACAUGUGACUAACAUGAAAGACACACACGUGACUAACAUGAAGGCCCCACACAUGACUAACAUGAAGGCCCAACACGUGACUAACAUGAAGGCCCCACACGUGACUAACAUGAAGGCCCCACACGUGACUAACAUGAAGGCCCUACACGUGACUAACAUGAGGGGCCCCACAUGUGACUAA